CGCCGCCGAGGAGCGGGCGGCCCGCCUGGGGCCCCGCAUGGCGUGCUACCUGGUCAUCAGCUCCCGGCACCUCAGCAACGGGCACUACCGCGGCAUCAAAGGCGUCUUCAGGGGACCGCUCUGCAAGAAGGGCGCUCGCUCGCCGGUAACUGCCGCCUCCGCGCUCCCUCCCUCACUUGUCCCCCGCACGGACUAUGCUGAGAAGGAGAAAGCUGCAGCCAAGGCUCUGGAGGAUGUGAAGGCUAACUUCUACUGUGAACUGUGUGACAAGCAGUACCACAAACACCAGGAAUUUGACAACCACAUCAAUUCUUAUGACCACGCUCACAAGCAGAGAUUGAAAGAUUUAAAACAAAGGGAAUUUGCUCGAAAUGUGGCUUCAAAGUCAUGGAAAGAUGAAAAGAAACAGGAAAAAGCACUCAAGCGGCUCCACCAGCUUGCAGAGCUACGGAAACAGUCAGAAUGCAUUGCUGGAAGUGGACCAACACUUAAAGCCCCCAGAUUAGUUGAAAAGCAGCAAUCAUCAGAUGCAUUUUUCCCCUACAAGGGUGGCAAGGUCACAGCCAAAUCUCAAAGCACCACCACAAGUACAGGACAAGCUAUCUCCAGCAGUGUACUGGAAAAACGGCAGCUUAUCAUAAGCAGGCGCCAGUCACCUACUAAAAGACUCCACGUGCUUGGAAAUCAAGUUUUACAAGUGUUCCCAGACAGUACCAGUGCUUCUCAAAGAGCAGGAGUGUCUUUCUCAUUCUCUAAAAAAGUCCCUUUGAAGCUUGAAUCCUCAGCAUCGGUCUUCAGUGAGAACUCUGAAGAAGGAAAUGAUUAUAGUGAAUCCCCCAAUCAUAAAACAAAGCAAGUUCUUGAGAGCUGUCAUUCUGGUAUACAUUUGGAAGAGGAUGUAAAAGCAAGUCUAGAUAAAGGGACACCAAUUCCACAAGACCAAAUGGAUUUGGACAACAGUGCAUCAAGUCAUGGAGCUGUGAAACUUAAAAUGCUGAAAGAAAAUGAUAAAUGUAAUGUUAGAGAAAUAGAAGAAGUCAGUGCUCAUCCUUCACUUUCCAAAGUAAAAAUGCAGUUCUCAAAUUUGGAUUUUUCAGGUUCAGUAAAAGAAACAGAACAAGAGAGCAAAUUGAAUGUGUCUGAGCAAUUGCUGGAAACACUUAUUUCACCUUCAUGCCAAGCUAGCAGUUUCUGUAUACAAUCAGAUACCUACAAGCACAGCAAUGCACACCUCUCUGAGCUCCCCCAACAGCUAUCACCUGAGCUGACAUGUGCAAGCUACAUUAAUGACUGUCCUAGCAUGGUAAAGAGAGAAGGAUCUUUAGAGACUUCAGAAAUUAAAAACAGGAAUAUGGAAACCCUUCCAAGGAAGACAGUGGUUAAAGAGGCUAAGCUCCAGGCACUGCCUUUCCUCCACGUAGUGAGCAAGGAUGGCAACACUGCUCUGCAGUGGCCAACAGAAUUACUUUUGUUUACAAAAACUGAGCCCUGUAUUUCAUAUGGCUGUAAUCCACUGUAUUUUGACUUCAGACUCUCUUUAAAUCACAGGGAUGGUAAACAGCAUGAAACAAGCAAAGAAGGCUGUAAAGAGCACUCUAUAAAUAAGACUGUGGAUGAAAAUGAACCCUCAGGUUUAAUAAAACACAAGCAAACGUCAAGUGAACAAGAUAAUCAGUUGUUGAAACCAAAGAAGAUGAAAGGUUCCCUAGAUCCAAGAAAGGCCAAGCAAAAAGCUGAGUCAGACAUAGGGAAAGAGAUGAACAGAAAUGGUCAAAAAUACAUUUCGGAUUAUUUGAAUGAAAAUAUACCCAAAGUGCCUGUCUCACAAAAGGAUUCUACCACAGAAAAAGAUCUUCAUACAACAAUACUGAAAAGAUCUUUAAGGCAUCAUUUCCAUACCUGUGAAAGAAAAAAACAGAGCAUAAGAAAUGAAAGCAUUUCCUUUUCUGCUUUUAUGGCCAGGAUUAAAAAAUCUAAGGCUGAAAAGUGUGAUUUAAUUUAUUCUGAGGAAAAACAUGAAACCCAAAAUGGCUGCAGACCCAUUCAGAAUGUUGCCAGCUGCAGCAGUGACAUAAGUGACAGUGGAAAAGAUUCCGGUGGAAGUUUCCUUAGUUAUAAAUCUGGUUCAAAUAGCAGGCAUUCAGAAAAUGAAGGAUGUGAAAAUUACUCAAGAUGUUGGAGAUUCCCAUCUCCUCAAAAAUCCUGCUCUGACAGACAUUCCAGCUAUUCUGAUACUUCAGUUAGCAGCACAAGUAGCUACAUGAACAGUUCCUCCAGUCCCACAUUGAACAAUCACAGCAGAAAUAAUUUGCUUUUUUGUUGCAAAAGAAAAACCAAGACAGAUGAAUGGCACAAAUGUAAACACAGAAAGCACAACUGUAAUUUCACUUCUGAUGAUGCAGAUAAGGAUUAUCUUUGCCAUACUAGAUGUCACAGAAGUAGAAACUGCACACAGAGGGGCACAAUUAAACAUAAAAAAUGUUCAAGACGUAAAGUUUUACAGCACAGAGAUGGUUCUAAACACAGCAGAUGCAGACACUGGCAUUUUGGCAAAGUGCACAGUAGAAGUAGAAGCUACAAUGACUCCAAAAGUUCUUCCACCACAGGUUCAAGAAGCAGUGAUCGAUCAUCUUGCAGCAGAAUAUCAAGAGAAAGCAGUGCAGGGUCUUUCUCAAAAGAAUAUGACAAUUAUGAGAACAAAACAAGAGAGGACACAGAAAGAGAUUCUAACAUCAACACAGGAAAAGCUGAAAUUGCACAUUAUGAAUCUCUGAAUGGAGAUAGCCAGUCAAAAGACUUUCCUACCUGCUCUUCAGAAACUUCAACAAAAGAUGUAUGUGGAAGAAGAAAGUCACUGACAGCCAAGUUACUGUUAGAAAGGGUGCAGUCUAAGAAAAUCCAGGAACAACUGCAUGAUUCAGAGAGAUUUUCAAACACGUUUGUUAGAGAAGUAAAGGAUCCCUCACAAAGUCACUCUGAACUUCAGUUUUCGUCAUCAGUAGAUGAUACAACAUUACCUUUGUCAGAGAAACUGCUAAACAUUGGUGAAAAUGACCUAGGGCAAAGUGCAAGUCCAUUGGAAAGUAAUGUGAAAAAAAGCAAAUGUGACACUUCAGAGGUAACCCAUGUUGCUCUUUCAACAGGCACUGAUUAUGAUCACUGUCUUUUUAAAGACACUGUUCAGAUAGGAACAGGCUAUCAGAACCCAAGCAUGAAAAGGAACGCAGCAAUAAAGGAACAAUCCAAUCUCUUCAUUAGUGAAGUGCAACCCUUUAUACAAAGCUGUGACCCAGUACCAAAUGAUUUCCCUGGUGCUUUUCCCUCUAAAAGAUAUCCUGUUGUUGCUAAUUCAACAGAGACCAAAGAAGAACUACAUGAUGUGAACAUGGACUCAAACCGGGCAGAAGGAAGUUCAGACACUGUUUGUGAUAAUGCUAUGCAGAAGUACAAUGAUACAGUAGAUGACCGGGAAGCGUACAGUAAAUCCAUCUCCCCUCCUUUAAUGCAGCAGCCUAUAAUGUUCUCACCAGAGGAAGUAGACAAAUAUAGGCUGCUGCAGCUGCAAGCCCAGCAGCAUAUGCAGAAACAACUCCUGGCAAAACACCUGCAAGUUUUGCCUGCCCCAGGACCAGCUGCCUUCUCUGCAACACCAGCAGUUCCUGCCAUCCCUGUUCAGCAGCACGCAACAGUCACCACCAUACACCAUACACUACUGCAACGCUUUGCAGUCUCAGCAGCUGUACACCCCCAUGGCAGCCAUCUCUCGUUUGCACACCUCCAUCCCCUCUCUCAGGCACAUUUUGCCCCUAUAUCACUUUCUCCGUUAGCACCAGCUCUCAUUCCCACCCACCCUGCUCUGCUGACAGGACACCCAUUGCACUUGGUCUCCACCACCCCUAUUCACUCUUCCCCACUGAACUUCCCCCUACUGCCACAUACUGCAUAUAUCCCAGCCUUAUUUGCACCGCAACUGAAUGCAGCCACACCUCCUGCUAUACACCCAAAUCCCAUUGUUCAUCCAUUAUUCCAAGGGCAAGAUCAUCAUCACCAUUCUUGCUCCAGCCAGACUCAACAGUUACCUACAAUAAAAGAAGUUUUCGGUGUUUCUAGCUAUUUAAACUAGUCCUAAUGAUUACACCUUAGCUCCAAGGAAAAAAAAAAUCUAUUCACUGAUCAAUCACAUAUCUGAGGAGAAAAAUCUACAUUUUUGCCGAGAGCCCAAUGGUAAAUUUGAAGUCCAAAUUCUGGCUGACAGCAUAUGAAUGUUUAUUUGGUUCUCAUAUCACAACAUAAAAGCAGUUUUGAAGUCUUGUGAUACUGUCACAAGAAGAACGGGGUCUGCUAAUAUCAUCCUGCAGGAGGUUUAGAAAACAUUCUGAAGUGAAGACUGUGACUGUCACUAGGAAGAGGACCACAGGAUGUAGGCACAAAAAGACCAAGAAUGUCAGCAAUGUUGGGUGAUUUAAAGUAACAUAAUUUAAGGUAGUGCAAUCUUAGUGCACCUCAAAGGCUUACUUUUAUGAGAGUGUAAAGGCAAAUUUCAUAGUUGGUCUGUUUAAGGUAUUUCAGAAUAAGCCAAAGAGAAAGCAUUUGGGACCACAAGUACCUGAUUCUUUCUCCCAGCCAAGACAAGUUCAAGAGACUCAACAGCAGUGGGUGAUAAAUUAAUACUGGAAGAAGAUGAUCAUGGGACCAUCUCAAUGAUACAUUAAUGAUUUUAUCACAGAUAUGUUGCUUUAACAGUGUAAAGAGGCUGCAGCCUAGCCAAAAGUACACGACAAAAAUAUUCCCUUAGUAUAGGAGGCUCUUAGUUGGCACAAGCAAAUUACUACUUUUGUCCUCCAGCCAGACAUACAAGAAGGCAGUAGAAGUAAAGCGAUGAAGCCAAGUUCUUUGACAUUGCCUGCUGUGGCUUUAGCAUAAGAUAUUUCAGGGGUGGGGUGCAACAUCCCAAAGUUCCAAUGCAGCUAGUGUUGGCCUUGAAUCUUGGAGGUCCCUGGCCAACACCAUAAUAUCUCUUUCUUGCCAAGCAAAGCUCUGACAUGUGAAAGAAUCUUGCCCAAAGUAUAAAUAACAAACAAACAUUUCAUCUCUUUCACAAAUGGUCUCAUGGUCAACUAUGCUGUGAUUCUCAUCAUUUCAAGACAUACUGAAUCUAAACAAACAUGCAAAGUUUCUAGCAUGACUUCCCAAGCACUGGAUUAACAAAUUGAAAUCUUGAAUCUCUAAUGUAGGAAAGCAUUUACCUGACCAUCAGGGUUAAGUGUGAUUGAAAUCUCGAGGAAUAAUUGCAUAUCUGGAAAUAUGUGGGGGGCUUCAGCAUUAUUUGGAUGGCACGCUUUGAAAAUUUUUAAGUUUCUAACUAAACAUUGGACACAUAGCAAGAAAUUAUGAUCAUAAUUAUGGUUAGACUGCAGAUCUGCUUCUCAGUAUAACUGGACAGUGAAGAGUCAGACAAAAAAUACUUAUUUAGAUUUGAAAUAUUGAAAAUAAUGCCAAUUCCUUUGCAAUAAUGUAGUGCACAGUUGCUGAUGUCUAUUUUACAUUCAAUAUAAAGCACAUUAAAAACUUUUGGUGGAUUUUAUUCCAUUAUAUUUGGCUAUCUAAAGAAGCUGAGAAAUCUAACUGAAAUUAGGCUGAGUAUUUAAAAUACAACUUGAGACCAAUAUUCUAACUUAAUUUUAGUCAAACUAGAUUGAUCCACUGCGGUAAAAUGGAAGUGUUUUAAUUUCUAAAAGCAGCUCCUUCAGCAAGAACUGCUACUUUGUCAAACAUUUCAAAUGUGCUUACAAGUAGUGACUGCUUGUUUUGCAGUCGACUUUUAAAGUUAAAGGUUCACUGGAUACUUAAUAUUUUAGCCAUCAAAUAAAAACUGUCAGGAAAAAAAACUUUGGAGACCAAGUAGAAGAAAAACAUUUUGUUAUGAUAAAAAGAGGCUGAAGAAACCAGCAUCCUCAAAUGCCUUUUUCAUUGCAUUCCCAGUUGAUUUAUUCAUUUCAUUUACAAAAUGGGCUCAUGGUAUUUUUUGAGUUACUUCUCUUCGUUAAUUUUCCUAUUCUAUUUGCAGGGUUUUUUUUCAAAUGAAAUUAUUACUUCAGAAGUUCAGAAGUCAGAAAUUUCUACAAAUAUACUAAAAAUAUAUUAUACUAAAAAUAUACUAAAAAUAAAUGUUCCCAUAGUUUUAAAAUCCUGUCUCUUUUUUCUGGCUGAAAAUAUUCCCCAAAUUAGAUUUGAAUGUAAAUAUAAUUUCCAUACUUCCAAAACAUCAUUUUCUGGAAAACAACCUUACUUCAUUGAAUACAACUUAUUGACUCUGAACAUGACUCCUCAAUUCCUCAGACUGAAUUCUCUCUCUAGUGGUUCACUUGUAGUUAUAUCUCUGUAGAAACACUUUGAAUUGUAUAUUUAAAUGGAGCAGGUCAACCUGUGCUCUGAGGCUGAUUGAACUGCACCCCUAUCACAGUUUCAGGGCUAACAUCAAAUAACUAAAAAUAUGCAUUUCAAGCCCUACAAUUUUUUUUUUUUUUAAUUUGCAGGCACAAUUCCACUCCCACUGAAGAUAAACCAACUACUCUUAUUGUCUAUAGUAGUUCACUUCAAGCUUAAGUGGAUAACAUUGAGAGAAAAAACUAAAAAGGAAAAAAGACAAAUCUCAUCUUACACAUACACACUUAUUUUUCAUCCCUCUUUCUUACAGGCAAAAUUACUACUGCAGAAAGUGCUAUGGCAAGAAACCUCAUUAAUUGAAAUUCAACAGAAUCCUACUUAGUAAACCAUUUAUGGGAGGCAAAUACAUUACUCUCACAGUACAUGCAAUAAAAUGGGAACCGAGUCAUAGGAUGUCCAUAUAUCAUUGCAUAUACCAACAAGGAUGACCUCACAAGGUGAAUGAAAAGACAAUAAAAACUUAAUUUAAUUCAUGAAGCAAUGGGGAUUAUGAUUUUGGUAGUAGUAGAUGGAAAAAAAUUGAGAGAUUAAAAAGUGACAGAAACAGCACAGUAGCAAAACAACAGUCACUGACUACAACAAAGGGAAUGUCCAAUAUGGUUCUUAGUACACAGAAGAGAUUUUCUUGGAGAAAUGUAAUAAAAACAUCAGCACAGCUGAGAUGAUGUAUUUGCUGCCAUAUUUAUGUUUCAUCAGUAAUAUACUUUAUAUAUGUAUAAUUAUUAUUAAAAGCAUAAUUGAACCUGAUGGUUGGAGCCAUGCUUCAGUUCUGACUUUAUUUACACUAAUUUUUAGAAGAGUUAUGGUAUUCUGGUGGCAAAGAUAUAUACAUUUCAAGUUAAUAACCUCUUUUAGCUCGAUUGUAUAUUCUUCUUGCAUAAUCCAAGGAAACAGAUCACCCACACUGCAAAAGUCUAAUAACAGAAACUUUUGAAGUUCCAUAAGGAUGAAAGCUCUUAAUUUUUAUUUUAUUUAUUUGGUAACUGAGGCACUUCUGGAAUACAUUUAACAUAUUUGUUGUUCAAAUUUGCAUAAAAAUGCCUUUGACCACAUUGAUUUUAAAACUGUUAAGUUUGUAUUUAAAACUGGAUAAUACUCUGGCUAGUAUAAUAUGUAAACUAGUAAUUUUGUUUUGUAUUCUCUGUAUAAAGUGUUUUAUAUUAUACAGUAGCUAAGUUAAUUGCACUAUUGUACAUGCAAUGCGGCUUUUUUUUUUUUUUUUUUUUUUUAGGUUAUUCAAGGAAUUCCUGGGAAUGUAGUUUAAUGCAAUAAUUUAUUUUUUUUUUCCAAUAAAAUGGCUUACUGGUAUAAAGAGUGUCAGUCAUGUAUUUUUAAUGUAAAGCAUACCAAAAGGCAGCAACAUAAUAAAAUGCAGAAUGCUGCAAACACAUUCUGUAUUUUAAUCUAAGAUUUGAAAUGCAUUUAAUUCAUCCCUGAAGUUUCUUAGAAUGUUUCCUAAAAAUUUUAGUAUGUGUUACAAAAGUGGGUUGUUUAAAUGGAACUGAAAAUAAAUAUUCCUUUAAAAAAUUAUUCUAUGUGUUUCUUGCAAGUACUUUUAAUUGAUCAACAUCCUCCUGUAUACUUUUAUG